AGUUUGAUCUGAUAAUCCCAGAACGGAGGUUGCUAUUGAUCUUAUAAAGUGAAAUACCUAAUUUCAAAGCUUUUAACAAUAAAAAACUAACAAAUAAUAAGAUAGAUUCAAAGUUCAGUUUAGUUCAGUGCAAUAAUUUAAAAAAGUGUUUAAAGAACGGGUUCACACAAAGAAAUUUAUUCUCAAGAAAGUUGGGAAUUAUGGUGAUUUUUUAUGCCCGAUAUGCAUUUCUAUUCUGGUUCUUUGUGGGUACCAACCAAGGUCAACUGAUGCGUUUGACCCAAAUCUCCGAGGACGAGACUCUGCUCAAUGUAACCUCUUGCACACAAAAUUGUCUUGAAAUUGGGGAAAAUGAUUUUAAAGGCUGCUUCAGGUCCUGUCGUUUUAAUGGCACUGCUCCAGCUCCAUUACGAAAAGUCCAGGACAACUUUCAGCUUCAGAUGCAAUGCCAUACAGAGUCCCAGCUAGUUUUCCGCAUCAACUGGGUCCAACACAGCAAAGGAAACGAUACUGCUCCAAACGUCACUUAUAUAAUUAAAUUGGAUCUUGCCAACAACGAUUUUGAUGAGACUACUCUUUACCUGUCCGAUGACAAUUUCCUGGAGUUGCCUGAUUUAAGAGCCAAUUGCAGUUACAAUGUUACAGCUUUGGCGGUACAUGGAGAUGGAAGUUAUUCCUUUAUAACCAAGGAUGUCACUUUUUCCACUCUCAUGAGAGGCUAUCAACCUAGUAAAAUGGGAGCUGUAACUCUGGUUGGUUUUCUUCCUCAAGACGGGGAUCUUCAGCAUAUAUCUGCUGAGAUUGAGUGGCAACCAUCAGCAGAAAGGAAUUGCUUUUUUGACAUGGUAUCCUAUUCCACCAAUAGCGUCAAUAUGGACGAACCUAAGGUUGAGACCUUUCGUGAUCUAACAAAACAACACCGACACACCUUGGACAAUCUGGAAUUUGGAAAAAACUAUUUAGUUGGCGUAAGGACAGUCAAUAUCAUGAAUCGAUUGGAAAGUGAGGUGGAAUGGCUUACGGUAGAGGUGCCCACUUGCUUGGAGUGGUAUCCCUUCAACUACACGCUUUGCUCCCCCCAUAAACCGGAGAAUUUAAGUGUCCUGCAGGAGCAAUAUCUACCAAAUACUUUAGCCUUAAAUAUCACUUGGACGCGUCCCACGCACCUGCCGGAUAACUAUACCCUGCUAAUUUAUGACUUGUAUGUGGGUGGUUCAAAGAUGAACUAUACGCUGGACAAAAACGAAAGUCACUUUUUCAUACCAAAGAUCACUGUAAAAGGUCCCAGCUUUGACGUAUACUUAAUAGCCGAAUCCGAGGGAGGCACAAAUAUAACACAUUUAAACCUCAUAAAAGCACCUUUUGAAUCUUGGCUAAGUGGAGGCAACCUGGCCAAGCUAAUAAUCUUCAUAAUUGUGCCCAUUUUUUGCAUUGUCAUGCUCUGCUCCUUGACCCUGUGCCGGCGAAAUCGGCAGGAUUGUCAAGCCCUGGAAAUGGAGUCGAAGGAUGGAAAGGCUGUCGGGAAUCAGGCCAGCGAUUUCCAUCAGUCCAUCAUGGAUAGCAGUGGCCUAGGAUUGGUCACCCUGUUGGCUAACGAAAGUCUGGACAUUAUUGACGAGUUGGAGGUGGAACCGCGUUCAGUGCUCUUGCAGGAUGUCCUGGGCGAGGGAGCUUUUGGUUUGGUGCGACGAGGAGUAUACAAAAAACGACAAGUGGCAGUCAAGCUGCUAAAAGACGAACCCAACGAGGAGGAUGUGUAUGCCUUCAAGUGCGAAAUACAGAUGCUGAAAGCUGUGGGGAAGCAUCCGAAUAUUGUGGGAAUUGUGGGCUAUUCUACACGUUGCAGCAAAAGGAUGAUGUUGCUCAUUGAAUAUUGUAGUCUGGGAAGCUUGCAGAACUUUCUACGAGAGGAAUGGAAAUUCCGGCAGGAGGGUUCUGCCAUUGGUGUCAAACAAAAUAUCGAAGAGAAUAUUGAGAAACGCCGCUUCCAUCGUCCUAGCCGUAGUUCCAUUCAUGAUCGGAUCGAGGACAUUAAUAUCUCCAUGCUGUCCACCGUGGAGGAGGAAAGUGAAGCUGAUCAGACUAAAACCAGCAGUCGAGUGGAGACCUACACACUAACUCGAAUAACCAAUGCAGCAAAUAAUCAGGGUUAUGGAUUGGAGGAUAUAGAAAAUAUAGGUGCUCAUCCUGUACAAUGUGCAGAUAUCCAAGAGGAGAAGCCAAACAUACAACGCACUUUUGAAAACAAAGAGUAUUUCAACACUUUGGACUCAACAGAUGCCAACAAGAAUUUAACAAGAGUUCCCUUGAAAUACGCGGAUUUACUUGAUAUCGCCCAACAAGUGGCUGUUGGAAUGGAAUUUCUAGCUCAGAACAAAGUUGUUCAUCGCGAUCUUGCAGCCAGAAAUGUUUUAAUUUCACUGGAUCGGAGCAUUAAGAUUGCUGAUUUUGGAUUAAGUCGGGAUGUCUACCAUGAGAAUGUCUAUCGAAAAUCUGGAGGAAGCGGCAAACUGCCAAUCAAGUGGCUGGCCUUGGAGUCACUCACCCAUCAAGUUUACACCAGCCAGAGCGAUGUUUGGUCGUUUGGAGUAUUACUCUAUGAGAUCACCACGCUUGGAGGAAUGCCGUACCCUUCAGUUUCCCCUGGGGAUCUCCUGCAGCUCCUGCGACAGGGUCACCGCAUGAAACGUCCUGAUGGCUGCACUGAUGAAAUGUUUGCUUUAAUGGAAAGCUGCUGGUGUUCCGUUCCCUCCCACAGACCUACAUUUUCUGGCCUCAAGGAGCGACUGGGUGUCAUGAUCGGUGCUACCAACGAGAUCCCUCAAAGGUUGCAGAAACUUCAGGCAGCAUUGGACUCCACAGCGGAAUCUAAUGACAGUCUUCACAGUAAAGUGGAGACGUUGCCCAGCCAUGAAGAAGCCUACUUGGAACCCCUGCAGUAAAGUUGGAGAUCAAUCAACAUAAAUUAUUUAAGUGCAAUAUGAUAAACUAUUGAAUAUCCUAUUCUAGAAUUCGAAACCCAACUAAGACAAA